AUGGUGGUCAACGGCACGCGCGUAAGGAGAGUACUGGUCGACACCGGAAGCAGCGUCAACGUCAUGUACCAUGACGUAUUCCUGAAGCUGGGACUCAGCGAGGACCAGCUUACACCCGUACGGACCCCGUUGGCCGGGUUCACUGGAGACACGGUGGAAACGGAAGGAUCAAUAACUUUGCCGGUCGAGCUGGGCACCCCACCCCGUGUUCGAGAAAUGCACAUGGAAUUUGUUGUAGUCAGGGUGACGUGUGCCCACAACCUCAUCUUGGGGAGACCAGGGCUGGUAGGCUUAGGAGGACUCAUCUCGAUGGAGCACUUGUGCCUAAAAUUCCAUACGGUGGCAGGAGUGGGGACCAUUAGGGGAGACCAGCACUUAGCUCGGAAAUGUUAUAGCGCGGCAUGUGAGAAACUGGUGGCAGGCCCCCUGCCGGUUCAUACCGUAGAGCCGGAGAGGGAGAGAAGUACCGGACCAGAACCUGUAGUAGAGCUAGAAGAAAUCCCACUACACCCAAGUCGCCCCGACAGAUGUGUCAGAAUAGGCAAAGGACUCGACCCUGAGUUACGGGAGCGGGUGAUGACCGUCCUAAGGGCGUACUCCAUAGUAUUCGCCCCUUGGGGCCCGGAGGACAUGCCGGGCAUAGACCGCUCCAUUAUCACACAAAAAUUGGCAGUAGAUCCGAGUUUCCGACCCAUUAAGCAAAAACGCCGCCACCUGUCGGCUGAUCGAAGAGCUUUUGUGAAAGCGGAGGUAGACACGUUGUUGGCAAUAGGCCAUAUCCGAAAAGUGAUGUAUCCAGCAUGGCUAGCCAACGUCGUGCUGGCCCCAAAACCCCCCACAUGGCGAAUGUGCGUGGACUACACGGACCUCAACAAAGCUUGCCCUCAGGAUCUCCUUCCCCUACCCCGCACCGACCAGCUGGUAGAUGAAACCGCCGGGUGCCAACUGCUCAGCUUCAUGGAUGCGUUUAAGGGGUAUCACCAGAUAUUCAUGGCGAAUGAAUAUGAAGAAAAAACGGCGUUCGUCACCCCGGAUGGUGUAUAUUGCUAUAGAGUCAUGGCUUUCGGCCUAAAAAAUUCGGGCGCCACCUUCACCCGCAUGGUGGCAGAAGUAUUUAAGGACUUACUUGGAAACAUCAUGGAGGCCUACGUUGACGAUAUGCUAGUAAAAAGCAAGGAGGCCUCAACCCAUCCAGAGUAUCUAGCCAAGUGCUUCGAGAUCAUGAAGCAAAAGAACCUGCGCCUAAACCCAAAAAAAUGUGCAUUCGUAGUAAAGGGAGGAAAAUUUUUGGGCUUCAUGGUCACCCAUAGGGGAAUCGAGGUCAAUCCUGAAAAGGCGCAGAGCAUCUUGCAGAUGAAACACCCCACCACAGUGAAGGAGGUCCAGCGAUUGAACGGGAAGUUGGCUGCACUAAGCAGGUUCAUGUCAAAACUGGCGGAGAAAUCAUUGCCCUUUUUCCAGGAAGCCUUCGACCAAUUCAAAGCAUACCUAGCAUCGGCGCCCAUCCUGUCGAAGCCGGAGAAAGGCGAGGUGUUAUAUGUGUAUUUGGGGGUGGCGCCAGCCGCCAUUAGCUCGGUACUGGUGAGGGAGGAAAUGGGAGUCCAAAAGCCCAUCUACUACGUGAGCAAAGCCCUGCACGACGCUGAGUUGAGAUACACUCCCCUUGAAAAGAUGGUGUACGCCCUCAUCAGAACCGUGCGAAAAUUGGUGUACUACUUUCAAGCGCACCACGUGAUAGUGCUGACAGACCAACCCUUAGGGUCGAUCCUAAGAAAUCCGGUAUCCUCGGGCCGGAUGGUAAAGUGGGCGAUGGAACUCACGCAAUAUAGCCUGGAAUACCGCCCGCGGGCAGCGAUAAAAGGUCAAGCAUUGGCGGACUUUAUAGUGGAAUGCACCAUCCCCGAUGAGCCGGGCAAAUCAGAUAGGAAGCCCAGAGACUGGGAAAUGUACACUGACGGAGCAUCUAGCAAGAAGGGUUGCGGGGGCGGGGCAGUACUUAUAUCCCCGGAGGGCUUUAAGGCUUACCAAGCCUUCAGGUUCAACUUCCCGGUGUCCAACAACGAAGCAGAAUACGAAGCCUUGGUAAGAGGGUUGAAAUUGGCCAGAGCACUCCAAGUGAGUAGCCUGACAAUCCGAUCCGACUCCAGGAUCGUGGUGGGCCAUGUAAACAACCAAUUUGAAACUCGAGAGAACCGGAUGAGACAGUACAAGGAGGUGGUGCAAAGGUUAUUGGCCGACUUCGAGCGAUGGGAGUUGGUUCAAAUCCCUAGAGCAGAGAACGGAGAAGCCGACCUCUUAUCUAGAGUCACGCAGGGCUUGGAGGACCAUUUGGGGUAUGUCUCCCAGAUAAUCACCACUGUCGAUGUAAGCGCGCCUAGCAUCAAGAGGGAAGAAGUAUGUGCCAUCCACCCCGCCCCGGACGAAUGGAUGCAGGAGAUGAUUCUCUAUAAAAAGCACGGGACUGCACCGAACGACCCGACGAGGGCGCGUAAAGUAGUAACUAUGGCCCCAUCGUAUCAAAUAAUAGGUGGAAAUCUAUUCAAGCUAUCCUUCGGGGGGCCGCUACUCCGCUGCCUAACUAAGGUCGAGGCAAACAAGGUACUUGCCGAGAUGCAUGAAGGGGUGUGUGCGGCCCACCAAGGGGCCCAAACCCUUGCACGAAAGAUCAUCCUCCAGGGGUACUACUGGCCCCGCCUGAGGGCUGAUUGCCUAGAGUAUGUGAGGAAGUGCCCCGCAUGCCAACACUUCGCGAUACUCCCCGGGCGACCAGCGUCUUACUAUACCCCGGUGACAUCCGCCAUCCCCUUUGCGCGCUGGGGCGUAGAUCUGCUAGGGCCUUUUCCCAGGGGUGUGGGCGGCCUGAAGUUCAUAAUAGUGGCGGUAGACUACUUUACCGAGUGGGUAGAGGCGGAGCCCCUCGCCUCGAUCACUGAAUAUCAGUGCCGAAGAUUCGUGUGGAAGCACAUAUUCACAAGGUUUGGGGUACCUCUGCAAAUCGUAUCAGACAACGGAAAACAAUUUGAUAAUAAAAACUUCACUCGCUUCUGCGCAUACCACGGGGUGGAGCACGUUAAGGCAGCAGUAGCCUACCCCCAGGCUAACGGGCAAGUAGAAAACGUAAACCGUACCCUCCUGGACGGCAUAAAAAAGAGAGUAGAGACCGCCGGAUCCGCGUGGUACGAAGAGUUGCCUACUAUAUUGUGGGCGUACAUAACUACCCCCCAGAAAGGCCAUCGGAGAAACACCCUUCGCCCUAACAUAUGGGUGCGAGGCGAGAAAUCCUUUGGAAUCUGCCAUGCCCACCGAGAGAAGUGA